AUGGGUUCUUGUUAAGGGACAACUUAAGAUAUACAGUAAGAUUUACGAAUGAGAGAAAUAAUGUCUCAAUUUUAGGUUCCAAUGCCUUAUACUGAUGAGUAUUAAAUAUUUUAGACCUUGAAAUGGCUAGAAAUGUAAUGAAUAAUAAUAUCAGAGAAUUCAUCAUAAUAGUAUCCCGCAUUUUGGAUUAAUUUAUUCGAAGGCUGCUGCUUCAUAGAAUAAAUUGAGAGACUUUGUUAAGAAGUGGAGAAUAAAAAAUGAAUAACAUAACCAUCCUAAUUUGUUAUCAAUUCAUAAUAUUUCCAUAAUAGAAUCAAUGAAAGUUUUUAUUCCAUUUACUGAAAUCAUAUUACUAAUUGAUAAACCAGUAGAACCAUUAUCUCGUCAUAAAAAGGUUAUAAUGAAAUAACAAUUCACUUAAGAUGAAAUUUUAUUUCUUAUAGAUUGCGUAGUUUCAGCUUUUGGAUUUUAACAAGCCAAUAAGAUAUAUCCAUCAGCCUUUGAUAUAGAUGAUAUAAUAACUGUUAAAACUCCUUUUAACGUUGAUGUUUACAAAUUAGUGGAUAGGUAUUACAAACCAAUAAGAUAAAAUUUGUUUCAAGAUUUCAUAUCACUUUAUGAUGAUAAGCAAAGUACUAAAAUAUCCAUAUAAACUUUAAGCUCUGAAUGAAAUGAAAAAGACAGCAUUUCUGUCUCCAGCAUAAAUAGAGGCUAUUCCAAGAAAAGACAAAGUAAGAAAUGAAAUAAUUAUUAAAUUAGUUUCUUAAACAUAAUAGAUAUAAAUCAGAUGUUUUUAAUUUUGGAUUGAUACUUAUUUAUUUGAUUUAAGCAAAAAAACCUGAAGUUUAUGAUUGGAAGAGAUGGUCAAUAGAUGAUUUUGCUUUAAGAAAAGCAUUUGAUGAUUUAAUAACAACAAAUUUUAAUGAAUAGUUACUACAUUUAAUUGAAUUGAUGUUAAAAGUUGAUGAAAGAGAAAGACCUGAUUUUAUAUAAUUAGAUGAAAUGGUAAAUAAAUUAUUUUAGGACUUAAAAAGACAUCGUUUAUUAGAAUAACAUUAGCCUUAAGAAUUCUUUAUUGCUGGCUAGAAUUCAUCUUAUGAAAAUUUGUUAAGUUAAAAUAUAUUCUAAUCUAAACAUCCUUAGGGUUUAGCUACAUCUCCAACAAUGAUAAAAUCUAGUUAAUAAUUAUCUAAAAAUUAAUAAACAGAGUAAUAAAGAUUUAGACAAUAAGAUAUUAGUUAAGCAUCAAUUAAAGAAGGAAAGACAUAUGAAUCAAAAACUGGUUUUGAAAAUGCAGUUACUUAAGGAAAAUUACAUUAUUCAAAUGGUUUUUAUUAUAUUGGAUAAAUUUGUAAUAGAAGAAGACAUGGAUAAGGCACUUAUUAUGAUUCUGAUAAUUAAAAGGUAACUGAGGGAAUGUGGGUAUUUGAUGUACCUGAAGGUGAUGUUACUUUCUAUAAUAAACCAAAACCAGAAUUAGAGAAAUCACAUAAGAAUUUAUCAAGAAAAGAUUGGAUAUAAUAUAAAGGAUAAGUUAAACAUGGAUAAAAGCAUGGUAUUGGAGUUCUCUAUUUUGCAGAUGGUUCCAAAUUUAUGGGAAGUUUUUCAUGUGAUUAAGCUCAUGGGAAGGGCUAAUUUGAAUAUUAAAGUAAAGAAUCUUAUAUAGGCACUUGGUAACAUGAUUUAUAUGUUAAUUGA